AACUCUAUGAACUUAACCAGAGCUAAGACGCAAUUUUCCAUUGUGUUCUAACUUAAUUGACAUUGAAGGAAAUGUCAAAACUAAAAAAUCCCAGAGAGAAAAUUGAGUGUUAAUUUUUUCUUUGUCAAUGAGCGAUAGGUUAUUUCCGAUUUUACAGUAGAGUGUGCGAUCACAACUUUAAGAAAUUAAAAUGCGAUUUGAUUUAAAUUAUUUUGAAGUUACAUCAUAAAAAAAAACUUUUUAACUCGAACGAAAAAUGGCAGAUACUGCGUUUACUAAAAAUGAAGUGAUUGGACUCGUAGUGAGAUUAACCCUAGUGUCUGCAGUUACGUUUUUAAGUAUAAAAUGGAUUAUGAACCAGGUGGAUCCAACAAAUAAAAACAAGAAAAAAGCUAGACAACGAGCCGAAGAACAACUAAAAAGAUUGACAUCAUCGGGAAAUGCUCCUCUUUAUAUCGAGAAACUGAACGAUUACGAAAUGAUGAUAGCCGCUCAUCUAGUUCAUCCUCAAGAUAUCAAAGUUACAUGGAAUCAAAUUGCUGGUUUAGAAGGACUCAUUCAAGAACUUAGAGAAACUGUUAUUUUACCUAUACAAAAAAAGGAAUUAUUUGCCGAUUCUCAACUAACUACGGCUCCGAAAGGUGUUUUACUACAUGGUCCACCAGGGUGUGGCAAAACAUUAAUAGCCAAAGCGACAGCUAGAGAAGCGGGUACCCGUUUCAUUAAUUUAGAUCUUUCCAUCCUAACGGACAAAUGGUAUGGGGAGAGUCAGAAAUUAGCAGCGGCUGUUUUCACCUUAGCAGUCAAAAUACAACCUUGCAUCAUCUUCAUAGACGAAAUCGACUCAUUUUUGAGGUCUAGAACUAGCUCGGAUCAUGAAGCUACAGCUAUGAUGAAAGCACAAUUCAUGUCACUUUGGGAUGGUUUGAUUACAGAUUCAAAUUGUACUGUUAUCGUUAUGGGGGCCACAAAUAGACCUCAGGAUUUGGAUAAAGCCAUUUUAAGAAGAAUGCCUGCAACUUUUCAUGUGCCUAUGCCCAAUACAGCACAAAGGAGACAAAUUAUAAGAUUAAUUCUAGAAAACGAACCGGUUUCAGACGAUUUGGAUGUGGAAGCUUUAGCUAAAUCGACUGAAGGUUUUACGGGCUCUGAUUUAAGGGAAUUGUGCAGAAACGCUUCUAUAUACAGAGUGAGAGAUUAUUUACGCAACCACAUCGAUAGUCCUACCACAUCCCAAAAAGAAAAUGAAGAAGACGAUGUCUUCCAGGACUCUAUCCGGCCCAUUUCAAUGGAAGAUCUCAAAUUCUCCUUUAAUAAAAUGAGGGAAAGCAAAUUACAGUGUGGUUCAUUACAAUUACAGACUAGAAUCGAUCUCGAUUAAAACUUUCGAUGUAUGAAGGAAUUGGGUGUAAAAAAAUAUUAGAUCGUGUAAAAAUUGAUUCAAUAAAUUUAUAUAUAGAAAAAAAAAA